AUUAUUGACUGUCCUAGAACUCUAAACCAAAAGCUGCAUCAUCCCUUGAUUCCACCAAAAAAUAACAACUCGUUUAUACCCCGGGUCUCGGGUAUAACAUUUGGUAUCAAAGCUCUUUGUUCCUACAUCCCAAAGGACCAAGAACACGCAUCCACUCUUUCUCCUUCCUUCAUACUAGCUACUGCCCUACCUUCGUUCUUUCACUUCCUAGUUCAAAACAUGUCUCACCCCUCCCAAAAAAUCACCAAGGAAGACUUGGUUGCAUCCAAUGCCGAACUCAAAGCUCAAGUUGAGUAUUUGGCCAAACAAGUGGCUCAACUCACUAAAAUGAAGUUGAAGAUGACGGAGACACCCGAGGAAAGUGAAGAUGAGCAAGAAGAAGAGUCCCAUGCAGAAACUCCUUCCUCUUCCAUACGAAAGGACAACCAAGAGAAGUCCUCCACUAGUUUCAAGGUUGAAAUCCCAACCUUUGAUGGAAAGGACGAUCCCGAUGAUUUUAUCGAAUGGUUAGAGACAGUUGAACGCGUCUUUGACUAUGCCGAAGUUCUGGAAGACAAGAAGGUCAAACUUGUGGCCUUAAAAUUCAGAGGCUACGCAUCUACGUGGUGGACUAACACUACCACCAAGCGCAAAAGAGAAGACAAGGCUGCUGUUAAAACAUGGACCAAGAUGAGAGCUUUAUUGAAGAAGAAGUUCAUUCCCACUCAUUAUAUAAGGGAAAACUUUUCUAGGCUUCAACACUUAAGGAAAGGAAAUCAGUCCGUGGAAGAAUACAACCGAGAGUUUGAAGAACUCUUGAUGCGGUGUGAUCUCCAAGAGAAUGACUCGCAAACUUUUGUGAGAUACCUCUUUGGCCUAAACACCCAAAUCGCCAACACAGUGGAGCUGCAAACCUUUGAGAGCCUUGAAGAGUUAACCAAGUUAGCACUUAAGAUGGAAGCCCAACUCAAGAAGGGCAAAUCUUCUUUGAGCCGUGGCAAUUCUUCCUACCCUAGUACAUCAAAUUCCACCCCCCUAGCUGCCCAAAACCCCACAGAUCCCUCCCCUCAAAAUCCUAAAACCGUGCACCCUAUUUUCUCACCCAGUGCUCCUCCUCUUCCAAAACCAAGUUCCUCAAGUAGCCGAGUCCCAAAGGAUUCCAUGGAGGAACGCGUGGGAGAAAGAACACUCAUUUUGAGAGUGUAAAGUUGUGUUUCCAAAUUUCCCUCUCCCGAGAGCCAAAGCAAAGAGUGUUCGAUGAUGAAGGUUCAAACGUGAUUGAGUCUCACCCCGAAGAUGAACUCGAACAAAACUCGAAUUUGAGAGCAAACUCUUUCGAAGAAGGGGAGGAUGUUAGAUAUCUGGGAGCAUCCACGAAGACUUUCCGUAGCCCACAAAAGGGAAGGCGGAUCAAGGGAAUAAGGCCGAAGUGUGGCGACGUUAUAUGGAUUAAAUUCACUCCGUUGCC